GCUGUGAGGAGUAUGAUACGAUAAUUAAUUUAUUCAAGGAUGCAAUAUUAAUUGUCUAUUUCGUUCAGCCAUAUUUUCAUUACUUCCUUCUCUAUGAAUCAAAAUGACUCAUAGCUGGAGAACAGCCUGCACUCUAUAUACAGGGUGAUUUACAUGUACAAAUUGACCUUGCUUGUCACGUCAUCAAGACCAGAUUCCAUCAUGGCGGUCAUCCAAAUCAUUAGUAUUCUCACUGUUAUUGCUCUACUCUAUAUGAGCGUCUUUGCUACAUCAACCGGCCCAGACCCUCAGUUAGAACUUGCUGACGCCAACAACAGAUUUGCCUUUCAUCUUUAUCAAACACUUGCCGACGACCCUCACCGUGAUAACAUCUUCUUUUCCCCGAUGAGCAUUUCAAUCGCCCUGGCUAUGACAUCUCUGGGAGCGCGUGGAAACACCGCAAGACAAAUUAAAGAUGUCCUCAAGUUCAGCACCUUGGAGGAAUCUCGUCUCCAUUCCUCUUUUGCCGAGCUCAACUCCGCCAUCUUCGGCGCGAAUGCUGACAAGUACGUCCUCAGAAAAGCAAACCGCCUUUUUGGUCACAAAGGUUUUGACCUGAGGCAGGAAUUUCUGGCGGAUGCUGAACGGUAUUACAGUAGCCACAUGGCAAGUCUUGAUUUUGUCGAGGACACGGAGGUAGCUCGUGAAUUCAUCAAUUCUUGGGUCGGACGAGAAACGGAGGACAAGAUUCGAGAUCUUCUGCCCCACGGAUCCAUCACUGGAAUGACUCAACUCGUCCUCGUUAAUGCCAUCUACUUCAAGGCAGACUGGGUCCGUCAAUUUGACAAAUCAAAGACGUUCGAUCAGGAUUUCCACGUUUCAAAAGACCAGGUCCUCGAAGUUCCGAUGAUGCAUCGGAAGUCCAAAUUCAACUUCGCGGAGGACAUCACCCUGCGGUGUAAGCUAAUAGAACUACCCUAUGUGGGUCAAGAUUUCAGCAUGAUUGUGGUUCUUCCUGAUGAGAUUGACGGGAUCGACAGACUUCAAAAGCAUCUCACAAAUGAGAAGUUGCAGCAUCUCCUCAACAACCUCUCCAACGUGACCGUUGGUGUGGCGAUCCCGAAAUUCAAACUAGAGGAGACUUUACACAUGAAUGAUGUUUUGUACAGCAUGGGAAUGCGAGAUCUGUUCGUUCGGGAUAAAGCUGAUUUAUCUGGUAUAACGGGCACGAGAGAUCUGUUUGUAUCCAGUGUCAUCCAUCGAGCUUUUCUUGAAGUGAAUGAGGAAGGAAGCGAAGCAGCCGCAGCGACAGCCGUAACCAUCAACAAGCGCUCCAUCAGUCUUGCUCCGGAGUUCAUUGCUGAUCAUCCAUUUCUGUUCUUUAUCGCAGAUUCGAAGACUAAAGCCAUUGUUUUUAUGGGCCACUGUCGCAAGCCAGAAGGCGUCAGUCUUAAUCACGAGGAACUGUAAAAUGUACGUUUUGAGACGAUUUGUUUUUGCUAUUGUGCAUGUAAAACAUUAUUGAUGUAGGAAUGAGCAGCUAUAUAACAUCAUGCAUUGUAGCAUCAUAGGGAGCCAAUGCACGUUCCUCGUAUGGGUGUACACAAAAGCGUAAAAGUUCCGGAUUAAAGAAACGAAUGUUGGGCUUUAGUUGGGUGAUCGGGUAUGCGACAUUUUGAUAUCGUAAUUAUUAAUCUUUGUUCCAUUUUUCCGGACAAUAAUUUUCCGUGGGUUUUCUCCUAAACGGCUUGUAGUAUAAACUUGUAACUUUGAACAUAUACCGACCCUGAUCCCAUGUGGUGCAUUUUACUCUAACGUCAUGAUCGUGGGUUUCAAAUUACAAGCGAUUUUUGUUCAGAUGUGACCAUUUUACGUUAUAAUUCGUGAACAAAAUGAACAAUCACGUUCGUACUUUGUGAUCUCUUAGACAAAACCUUGAUAAACGUUAAUACCAAAGUCAGAGUCGUCUGACCUUUUCUUCCGGGGCUACCGGAAGCUGGUCAAAGUUAGGUGAAUUAGAAAUAUAGAAAUGAGCCUCAAAUAAAAAAAAACAAGACUUCUUCCAAACGGUUGACGUGGUGAUCAUGAAACCUGUUAAGAACUUGGACCUCGGUCCGAAGAUGCUAUAAAUUUGUGACGUCAUCAGGACGUACGUUUAUAUUAGAUAUUGAUGUACGAGCGGUUUAGGGGCAAAAUAGUUUGAACUAUAUCUUUUGAACUGAAUAAAGUAUCAUGUUCAUUUUUCAUGAGAAGGAA